GUCGAUUCCGCGGUGGAGGUGACCUGACUUCCUUGCAGCUCGUUUUGCUGGUGCAGGAAUUGUCCGCGCAGUUUUCAAUCAUGUCCGAACCAAUUAGAGUCCUUGUGACUGGAGCAGCUGGUCAAAUUGCUUAUUCACUGUUGUACAGUAUUGGAAAUGGAUCUGUCUUUGGUAAAGACCAGCCUAUCAUUCUUGUGCUGCUGGAUAUCACUCCCAUGAUGAGUGUUCUCAAUGGUGUCCUAAUGGAACUGCAAGACUGUGCCCUUCCCCUCCUGAAAGAUGUCAUUGCAACUGAUGAAGAAGAGGUUGCCUUCAAAGACCUGGAUGUUGCUGUUCUUGUGGGCUCCAUGCCAAGAAGGGAAGGCAUGGAGAGGAAAGAUUUACUGAGAGCAAAUGUGAAAAUCUUCAAAAGCCAGGGUGCAGCCUUGGAGAAAUAUGCUAAGAAGUCAGUUAAGGUCAUCGUUGUGGGAAACCCAGCAAAUACCAAUUGCCUGACUGCCGCUAAGUCAGCUCCAUCCAUCCCCAAGGAGAACUUCAGUUGCUUAACUCGUUUGGAUCACAAUCGAGCUAAAUCUCAAAUUGCUCUUAAACUUGGUGUAACUGCUGAUGAUGUAAAGAAUGUCAUUAUCUGGGGAAACCAUUCCUCAACUCAGUAUCCAGAUGUCAAUCAUGCUAAGGUGAAAUUGCAAGGAAAGGAAGUUGGUGUUUAUGAAGCUCUGAAAAAUGACAGUUGGCUCAAGGGAGAAUUUAUUACGACUGUGCAACAGCGUGGUGCUGCUGUCAUCAAGGCUCGGAAACUGUCCAGUGCAAUGUCUGCUGCAAAAGCCAUCUCUGACCACAUCAGAGACAUCUGGUUUGGAACCCCAGAGGGAGAAUUUGUGUCCAUGGGUGUUAUCUCGGAUGGCAACUCCUAUGGUAUUCCUGAUGAUCUGCUCUACUCAUUCCCUGUUGUAAUCAAGAAUAAGACCUGGAAAUUUGUUGAAGGUCUCCCUAUUAAUGAUUUCUCACGUGAGAAGAUGGAUCUUACUGCAAAGGAACUGACAGAAGAAAAAGAAGCUGCUUUUGAAUUUCUUUCCUCCGCAUGACUAGACAAUCAUUUUGAUUUCAUUAAAUGCCCCAAAACUGAGGAAUCUAAAUGUCGUCUUUGACUUUAGUACCAAAUAAUAAUGAUGUUAUAGUUAUACUUAAAUUACUUGUGAAAAACACCACAUUGUAAACAUUAUGUGCUUCUUGGUACAGAUUUGUGAAGGUCUCAUCAUGCUAUUAAUGCUGCAUUCUAAAUAAAAAUAUAUAUGCAAGUGAAA